GUAUAACUGCAGAUAGGUUGGUAUUCUCGAAACCCCUUUUCCUCUCUCCUCUCUUCGGAGCCUCAUCUUCCGCUCUUUCCAGAAGCAUAACUUCUCAAUUACUGCUCUCGAGUCUCAACCACCACACUAUCGCCGCCGUCUUCGUUGCCGCAGCGGCCACUCGCUGCACGUAUUUAUCACAGAGCUCCGGCCAAAUAGCUCAGUCACAGUAUAUUGGAUGGCAAUCAUACCUUGUGGAAGCACAUGGGUCGCCCAGUGGGGAGUUCAGCCUCAGUUUCUGCCAAAAUCUUAUGUUAUCAAUAAAUUAACAGCAUCUCCAUUUUGUUUCUCAAGCAAGAUAAGGGCAUUGGCAUCCCCAAGUUCAACCCUUUUUUGUCAAGAUUCCCUGCAAGCACUUUUCAGUUCAGUGUCAAGCAAGAAUCGGUAUCAACGAAGGGGGACCCGAUUAGUUGUUAGAGCUGAAAAAGAUUACUAUAAUGUCCUUGGUGUAUCUAAAAAUGCUAGCAAGUCAGAAAUAAAAAGUGCAUAUCGAAAGCUUGCAAGGAGUUAUCAUCCUGAUGUGAACAAAGAAGCUGGAGCUGAACAGAAAUUUAAGGAGAUCAGCAAUGCUUAUGAGGUUUUGUCCGAUGACGAGAAACGUUCCAUAUAUGACAAAUACGGGGAGGCUGGCCUUAAAGGAGCUGGCAUGGGUGGCAUGGGGGAUUUUAGCAAUGCCUUUGAUUUGUUCGAGUCUUUGUUCGACGGCUUUGGUGGUAUGGGUGGCAUGGGUAUGGGAGGCAGAGGUUCACGGAACCGGGCCACCGAAGGUGAAGACCAGGGCUAUAAUCUGGUGUUGAAUUUCAAAGACGCUGUAUUUGGUGUUGAGAAGGAGAUCGAAAUAAGCAGGCUUGAAACUUGUGGCACCUGUGAUGGAUCAGGUGCAAAACCUGGGACUAAACCAUCGACAUGUAAUACUUGUGGUGGACAAGGGCAGGUUGUUUCGUCAGCAAGAACCCCACUGGGUGUUUUCCAGCAGGUGACAACAUGCUCUGCUUGUGGAGGGACUGGAGAAAUCUCUACUCCUUGCAGCACCUGCAAUGGUGAUGGCCGAGUGAGGAAGUCAAAGCGCAUUAGUUUGAAAGUUCCACCUGGUGUAGAUUCAGGUAGCCGUUUAAGGGUUCGUUCAGAAGGUAAUGCAGGAAGGAGAGGUGGACCCCCUGGAGAUCUUUUUGUCAUGAUUGAAGUUCUCCCAGAUCCUGUACUAAAACGGGACGACACCAAUAUUCUUUACAAUUGCAAAGUUUCUUACAUCGAUGCGAUUCUGGGUACAACUAUGAAGGUUCCUACAGUAGAUGGGAUGGUUGAUCUAAAAAUUCCAUCAGGUACUCAGCCAGGGACGACAUUGGUGAUGGCCAAAAAAGGGGUGCCAUACCUCAGCAAACCGAAUAUGAGGGGUGAUCAAUUGGUGAGAGUGCAAGUAGAGAUUCCAAAACGGUUGAGCAGUGAAGAGAGAAAGCUCAUAGAAGAACUUGCCAAUCUAAACAAGGGUAAAACUCCCAACAGUGUGAGAUAGCUCGUAGCUGAAGCAACUACUGAGUUGUUUUCACUUUUAAUACUCUUCCAAAAUAUUCUUGUGCUUUGGGUUUAAGAUACUUCUGCUGUUUGCUCUACAUACAUGCACCGACGAUAUUAGCUUUGGUUCCUCAAUGAUUCUAUGUAGCAUAGUUGUAGUCAUAGGCAAUUUUGAGGGUUGAUUAUGUAUAAUGUACAAUUUCAACACCCAGCGAAAUGCUGGGAAAGAACAAGAGGGACAAAUAAUGAUGUUCCAAUAUUCAUUCUAGAUUUAACCAUUUGCUUCUCCAUCAAAA